GUUAAAAGAAUUAAAAAAACAAAAAAACAUCACCACCACCACCAUAGUCCAACAUUUUCAUAACAAUGGCUGCCAUCACAAACGCCGCUGCUACAUCCUCCUUCAUGGGGACACGCUUCCCCGACGUCUACACAAGUUCAGGGAGAUUCGUCGCCAGGUUUGGCUUUGGCGGCAAAAAAGCAGCUCCCAAGAAAGUCUCGAAACGAACCCCCGACCGCCCUCUAUGGUACCCAGGAGCAGUGGCGCCUGAUUGGCUCGAUGGAAGUUUGGUGGGUGAUUACGGGUUCGACCCGUUCGGGUUAGGGAAACCGGCGGAGUACUUGCAAUAUGAUUUGGAUUCUUUGGACCAGAACCUGGCUAAGAAUUCGGCUGGUGAGAUAAUUGGAACUAGGACCGAGGUUGCCGACGUGAAGGCGACGCCGUUUCAGCCUUACAGCGAGGUUUUUGGUCUACAGAGGUUUAGGGAGUGUGAGUUGAUCCAUGGACGGUGGGCCAUGUUGGCUACGCUUGGUGCACUUACCGUUGAAUGGCUCACUGGUGUUACAUGGCAAGAUGCUGGCAAGGUGGAGUUAGUUGAGGGUUCAUCGUAUCUCGGCCAACCCCUUCCCUUCUCGAUGACAACAUUGAUUUGGAUAGAAGUAUUGGUGAUCGGAUUCAUCGAGUUCCAAAGGAACGCCGAGCUUGACCCGGAGAAGAGGUUGUACCCCGGAGGAAAGUACUUUGAUCCUCUCGGCCUAGCCGCCGACCCGGAGAAGAAAGCAACCCUACAAUUGGCUGAGAUCAAGCAUGCUCGCCUUGCCAUGGUUGCUUUCUUGGGGUUUGCUGUCCAAGCUGCUGCAACAGGCAAAGGCCCUCUCAACAAUUGGGCUACUCACUUGAGUGACCCCCUCCAUACUACCAUUAUUGACACUUUCACCUCUUAAAAAAAGCCAUAUUCCUUUGCUUUUAUGUAGAUUUUGCUCAAUGUACUAUUGUGUUAACAUUGUUAAGAAAAACUUGCGUAUGUUAAUAGGUA